GACAAGCAUCUCUCCCCCAGCUGCUGCAGUGCCAGGGGGCAAAGAUGAUUAAAUACCUGCUCUUUAACCCCUUGAAGCCCGAGGAUCUCCCAACCCUCAAGGAGCUCACCACCAGCGAAAUCUGCAAAGUCUGGGCUUCCACAUCUAGGCACAUCCGGAGACAGCUCUUGCAGAAGAGGGCAGUGGACAUUGGAGUCGGGACAUUUGCACUUGUCCCAGCGCAUGCCAUGGUGGGAGAGGACAAGGUUUUGCCUGUGGAGAGACCCGUGUUCCAGCCGUGCAGGCUUCUGAGGAAAUUUUACAAGCUCAAGUGUGCAAAGAGCAAAAUUCCUGACGAGACACCGUUCGUUCAGCUGGACUUUGAGCACAUUGCGGCUGACAUCCACUUCCGCCGAGAAAUCGUGGAGCGCUGCAUACACGAGACCCUGCUUUUCUUUGCUGGGGCCCUCCGAGACAAUAAGGAGGUGGAAUUCUCCUUCAAGGGCCUUGGCAUCCUUGCUGUACGAAGAAAAGUGGUCAGCAUGACCUUCUCUGAUGACUGCCUGCUGGAGCUGGAUCCCACAGGGAACAUGCUGGAAGCUCUUCUCGGGGACUCGAAGAUGAUGAGUAUCGUGGCCUUUGCAGGCAAAAACAAUUUUAGUCGGCUCAGUCGAGACGGGGUCAUCACGCUGCCAAGGCUUGCACUUGAGAUCCCCCACCAAGGGGACCCGGCAACUUCUCUGAAGCCCAGGAGAGAGUCGGCACCUUGGGGCGGGGGUGCCCGCAGAGUGAGCGUGCUAGAUCCAGUGUUCCUGGCUCAGCGGAGGGUUUCUCUAGCCAGGCAGCAGGCUAAAGCCACGAAAGCUGGCCAAGCCAGAUUCCUGCCAGUGGUCCACAAGGCCCAGGAGGAGCUGAAGCAGCCCAAACCUCCAGCUCAGCCGCGGUUGAAGCUCCCUGCGUGUGCUCCGCAGCCCUCAGUAACGGGAACGAGCUCCCUCCGGACUGAGAGGGCAGAAAAAAGACUCCGGCUGCUGAUGGCAUCCAAGCGCCAAGAGGUGGAAGAGGAAGCGUGGCGCCAAUACCAUGCCGACAGAACGAGGCAGAACAUGGGCCGAGGCCAGAGCCCCUGCCGCCACGUGUUUGAGGAUCCCUAUCGCCCUCCCCACGUCCUGAGAAAGGCCUAUGCCGAGAAGCUGAAGGAGAGGCUACAGGAGAAGGAGAGCUGCCAAAGCCUUGCGAGGCCGAGAGCACCUGAGGGGCGGGCAGAGCUGUGCCGCCCGGAGACAGCAUGGGCGAGCAAGGGGGAGAAGACGAGGCUCUUGGAGCGCCGUGGGGAAGGGAAGGCCCAGGGCCUGCCGCCCAUGCCCAGAAGCUGCCAGCAGCCCCAGAGAGUCCAUUGGAAGGAGCCUUAACCAUCACAACGGCCAGCCUUUUCAGCAGGAGAGCUGUCGGCAACGGGUGGCAGGGGCGAGGAGUGCCUUUGCAAAGGGGAACGUGACCAAUAAAGGCUG